UUAUCAAAAUGAAUUCUUAAUCACCUUUAAAACCGUGAUUUUAUACUUGAUGAGAAUUAACCUUCUUUGAUUUUCAUAGAUAUUAAACCUGCGAGAUAUGCUCGUAGAGGAAUAAAAGACGUUUUAAAGUGUUCAAUACAUAAACAUUGACGAAUGUUUAUAGCUGCAAUGGGAAAGUUUAAUGGUCUAAAAGCAUAUCGUAUAUAGUUGUUUACAUACAGUCUAAAACCAACUUACCGUUUGAGCUUAAAGAAUGUGGGUAAACGAUUUUUGAUUUGUGAAAGAAAGUCUGAUCGAACACUGAGUAUUCUAUGUCCGUGACCUAGGAACAUUGAAAUGAAAAUAAACCAGGAUUUCAUGCUAUAAGACAAACAAAGGAAGGAAGUUAGAUCUGUUUUCGACUUUAGCAGAAACAAACACAGAAGCUCGGCUGCAGGGACUGCACAGCAGCAACCUACAGAAGCAAACGAAGGACCAGUACAACCACAGAGAACAUCGCUGCCUGGGAACGGGCCAGAGAGCUACAGGGAACCUGGACAGCAGUCAAACCAUCAGGACCAGCACCAGGAACACAUAGACAUGUCUAAUCCAUACAUGGACAGGGGCUAUACAUUGCCCUAUCAGAUAUCACAGCAUAAAUACAAGGAGCAAGUAUUUGGUGGUCGCCCCUCAUUCUACGACGGACAGAGGAAGCCGGAACCCCUGGAUGGCCGGAACAGGCCUCCCCAAAACAUUCGCCCAAACAGUUAUACCCCCGGUGAUAAACGAUUCGAACAGCAGAGUUACAUUUCCCCGCGCUAUGAGCAGCAGAGUUACCAGUCACCCCGACAGGAACCGGAACAACAAGCAAGGGCGUAUAGAUCCGGAAGGCCUGAUUUAGGUUUCGAACCACCAAAAGACGUGUAUGUACCGUACCCACAAGAGCCAUUCAGGAGACGACACAAUGAGUACGAGCAACCACCAGAAAUAGGGUACGACCCUUAUGCUUCGGAACAACAGCAAAAGUCUUCAAAAACACGGCAAGAUUUGACAACGGAGGACGGACAUGGACCCCACCCAGGCUGGCUUCUCCUGCUCAGAUUCCACAAAGACGGCUUAUCCCAGGUACAGCGCGCCCUCACAAUGGCACAGAAACACAUCGAGAUGGACCAGGGACGCAUCCUCGGCAUAGCUCGCUCUUAUGCGAUAAGGAUAGUUGAAGGCGGCGACGGCUGGGUGUUGUUCGGUGGUAUGCGGCACAUGGGCAACGGUCAAUGGGGCGUGAAGGACUCCCCCAGGCAUGAUGAUACCAACUACUGUAUGCUUGCAAUAUACUACCCGUCACUAGCCAGAGCAAUACAGUGGUUUGACAGAGAUUCUGCCUUCAAGCAAAAGGACUUCCCUCCACCACACACCACAGACUGCAUAGCCCUGCCCCUCAACGCCGGUGUCGACACAAAGUUCAGUAAGACCCUCGUGAUGUCCGAGUACCCGAAAAUCAGCCACCCAGAGUACUUUAGAGACAAGUUCUCCAUACCUACCGAGGACAUGUUGAGGACAAGAUUCAGGUCCAAUCCAUAUGUUGUUAAAGCCACCUCCAUGGCGAUUGAUGAUCCGCGGAAACGGGUGGCGCGUCACCUGCGGGGUUGCUGGAUCAAGCAGAACGGCAUCAUCUCCGUCAGUAUGUUUGAGUCCAUACAGGAGGCUCAGCGGUACUACAAUGAUCCCGAAUACCUGAAGGCGAAGGAAUGCCAGGACCGGGUGUCUGCGCCGAACACGGUGAUCGUGGGCCUCGAGGAUUGGAGGCUGUAGGGACUCCAUGGAGACUUGCAUUGUGAUGAAACUAGUUUCAACUUUCAUAGAGAUUCUAAAAUCUUGAACAAAUGUUAUUUAUUGAAUAUUGUGCCAAUGUGACCUGAGCGUGCAAAUGGUUGACCAUACCAUGCCUCAGGGUAUUAACUUACUUUAUUUAAUUAGCUCAUGUAAGUAGCGGACGAUGUAAAGAUAGAAAAUGAAAUGCAUGAUAUUAACUUCCAAUUAUUUAUAUUGUUCGAUGUAUUAUGCCUUUGGUAAAUAGUCUUAUGCUCCUCUGUAAUUGCUUUACAAAAUCAUAAAAUACCCUUAUUUUGGGUACAAAUGCAAGGCCGGUAUUUGUAAAACUUUUGAUGUGAUUUUCUAACUUAAGUCAAUUUGAGUAUCUCAUUGGUCAUAUUAUAUCAUAAGUAAAUAACUUCCGAAAUACCUUAUAUUCAUUGGCUUUAUGACAAUACAUACAUUCGUGUUAAAAACACUUAUACUGUUUUUACUUUGACAAUGAUUUUUAAGUAAAUAAACUUAAGUUAGGCUUAAAGGUUUGACUCAAAAGUGUUUUAUGAGUACCGGCCCCUUGCUCUUUAGCACGAUUACAAUAUAAUGCUAAAUCAUCACACAGAAAAUAUUGUAAUCAACACUUAAUAUCUUCAUCAGCCGCAUCUCAUUAUUCAUGACUUGCAAUUAAUUCACACGGAAGUAUUCAAGAGUUGAACUUAUGUAGCAAUAUUCAUACACCAUCAGUAUCAGACAUGUUUUGUUCCGUCCUUGUGUGAUGCCAUACGUCUGUACAUGAAGCACGUCUUUGAACCGAUGACUCACCUUUAUCUGUUGGGGUGGAUUGUUUUAAGCUUAUCAAAUGUACGUUUCAUGUACAUACGAGUCUGUGAUAUAUUUCAUUUGUGAUGGUAAAUGUGAUAUUUUGUACAUGUAGAUACAGAUUUAUUAUAGAAAUAAAGUAUACUAACCAGA